GUUUCACGCUUUGGCACGUUGCUUGUAAUAAUUCGGCUGAAGGUCCAACUCGAAAAGAAGACCGUGGGUUUGUAAUAGGAUCUGCGUAUUUCAUUAUUGUAAACCGCACAGUUUCGUCUGUGAUGGAAAACAAGCGUUGUUUUGCCAACCGUUUCGCUGACUACAAAGGUGCCUUGUGCAUCGGGCUAGACAGCGAUGCGAUAGUGCGCACGGUUAUAGCGACAAUUGAGAAAAUCCUAAAGAAGGUGCCCACUGGUUCGAAUGACUGCGACGGGGGGUUGUAUGAUGGCCCGGCCGGCGUUGCAUAUAUGUUAUACUAUGUCUCAGAAUGCCCUUUGUUUACUCAGCAAAGGGACGUCUACCUGAAAACAGCGAAGCAGAUAAUAGACGUAUCCGUAAGGUAUGUUGACGGGGAGCAAGACAAGAACAUGCGAGCGGCGUUCCUCCUCGGUGGAGCUGGAAUCUACGCCGUGGCUGCGAUGGUCUAUAAAGCUUUAGGCUUGUCAGACUUCGUGAAGCCCCUCACCAAAUUCCGUAAACUGUGGGAGGUGUGCGCGCCGGUCAACUUCCUUGAGUGCGGCUCUGAUGAGCUGUUCGUGGGUAGAUCCGGCUACCUGUGCGCAGCCCAGGUGCUGAAACAGAAACUAGAAAUUGAGAUAUUGAGUCCGGAUCAGAUAAAGGCCAUUUGCCAGGCUAUUAUUGAUUCUGGUAAGCAGUAUGCAAGAAAGAAAAGGAAAGCCUUUCCCCUUAUGUACUCGUACUACGGCACGGAAUAUUUGGGCGCUGCCCACGGCCUCUCCUCCAUCCUGCAGAUGCUGCUCUCCUCCCAGGAGCUGCUCUCAUCGAGCGAGAGGGAACUGGUGUGGCAGAGCGUGGACUUCCUGAUGAACCAGGAGCAGAACUGCAACUGGCCUGCUGAGCUGGGUGCCGUGAUCGAGAGGGAGAAGGAGCUGGUGCACUGGUGCCACGGAGCUCCUGGGGUGGCCUACCUGUUUGCCAAGGCCUACCUGAUCAACAAGCGGCCGCAGUACCUGGACACCUGCAUACGCAGCGGGGAGCUGGUGUGGCAGAAGGGCCUUCUGAAGAAAGGGCCGGGAAUCUGCCACGGGGUGGCAGGAAGUGCCUAUGUCUUCCUGCUCCUGUACCGCCUCACCGGAAGCUCCAAGUACAUCUACCGUGCGCAGAGGUUCGCGGAGUUCCUGUUCUGCGACGAGUUCAAGGCAGGUUCCUGCUCUGUGAACAACAUCUACAGCCUGUUCGAAGGUCUCUCAGGCACUGUGUGCUUCUUGGUGGAUCUUCUCCAGCCUGACAAGUCUGAGUUUCCUCUGUUUAACGUCUUUGUGUAGACAUUCACAAGGCAGAAAACAAAACCGUGACCGCCAGGCAAGACCCAAGCUGCUGUUAGAUUGGGGGUGCACAACGCGGGGGCAGCUUCAGGACUUCAUGCCAACCUCCACUUUUAAGCACUUAAUUGGCCCUAGCUGUAUGUCUCCCUGGUGAAACAGGUUGCUGUGAUAACAUGUAGUAGUGAGCCAGCAUUGGAUACGCAGCUGUUUAACCAGAAUAUUAGCAGAACAAAUAGCAGCAUACAUGCUAGCCCUCCAGGACUAGAGUUAUGCGCCCCCACAUUAGAUUGACAGUGAGUGUUUCGAAGCUGAUGUUUUUGUCGCGUUUCACUGUUCACUGUGGCUGUUGUAGCUUGAGUUGGGUAGAAAAGGUUAAUGGGAUGUUUAGAUUGUAAAGUGACUGUGGUCAUUUUUGGCAGUCAGCAAAAGAAAUGUAUGUACUUUCUGGUGAUGUAUAUUGUGAAGAAGUGUCUCUUCUGUGACUUCUGCUCUAUUGACUUCAUGCAUUUCCUGCAGCAAUGAUCCCCUAUACACAGUGUCACCUUAUCUUGUAAGGCAAUACCUCCAAUUAUACACGUGAUCAUUAUUUAGUGCUGACCCAGUAAGUAAGCUUGUUAACUAAAUCCCAUUUUCUCCCAAUUUGGUAGGCAAUUCCAAUUAGCCUAUUCCAAUUACACGUUAGCUGGGGAUAUACCGCCUAUGACCCCGUCCGCCAGCGGCCCAGGAAGAUCUCACGAUCCAGAGAACGACACACCUUGUCCAAGCCACAUCGUCUCAACGAUGCUGAUUUUCAGCAGUACCAGCUCGAUGCCUCUACCCUUUAACAGGGUGAAAUCUCAUGGGUGUGCUUGUGUUUUUGGGCAUGCUUAGGCUUGUCCAGAUUGAUGAACACUCUUAUUCACAGCAUAAUAGGCACAGCUCCAGUGUACAAGGCACUGUGGAGGACAUUCAUUGCCCAUCAUCAGUUCACAGAACAGAGCCAAGGCCUCACUGACAAAAGCAUCUGGAUGGUGACGCUGGUUCGUGACAUUAGACUCAACACAAGUGGGGUUGCGCUAAUCAAAUUGUAGAUUAAUUACACGUUUUCUGAAAAAGUGGGAGUGAACAGCUUAUUUCGUGCUAGAUAAAAUAGGGCCUGGAUUCAGUGCAAACAUGCACCAUCUAAUUGGCAAAUCAGUGAUACAUUCAUCAUCUCGGCUUGUAAUCAAGCCGUUUUGUGAUUGGUUUUGAUUGCUCAUUGAACUUGGUGUGAUCUGUACAUUAAUUUUAGCGUUGAGGGCCUCGUGGUUCUCUGCCAUGUAUGUCUCAACCCUGCGUGUGAUUAGGUUCACUUAAACAUCUCUCUCUGACUGGUGAAGGUAGGUGAAUGUCCUCAUUCUGCUCAAGGAGAAAAGUUACAUAUUUAUAUUUCAUAUGCAUUUUGUCAUUAAAUCCUAGAAUGACAGCUAUACAGAUAAAUGCAUCACAAUUCCAUAUACAGUCAGUGAGCACUUUAUUAGGUAUUUAUUUAUUCAGUGUAUUUCUUUGACUUAUCGGUCUUCUACUGCUGUAGUCUAUCCACUUAAGACGCUUGACACUUCAUCAGAGAUGCUCUUCUGCAUACCACUGUUGUAAUGUGUGGUUAUUUGCGUAACUGUCACCUUCCUGUCAGCUUUGACCAGUCUGGCCCUUCUCCUCUGACCUCUCACAUUAACAAGGCAUUUUUGCCCACAGAACUGUUGCUCUAUGGAUGUUUUUAGUUUUUCGCACCAUUCUCUGCUAAAUCUAGAGACUGACUCAAGAGAUCAGCAGUUUCUGAGAUAUUCAAACAACCCUGUUCGAACCAACAUGGUCAAAGCCAUUAAGAUUACAUUUCUUCCCCAUUCUGACAUUAGGUCUGAAAAACUGCUCAACCUCUUGACCAUGUUUGCAUACUUUUAUGCAUUUAGUUGCUGACACAUGAUUGGCUGAUUAAAUAUUUGCAUUAACAAGCUGGUGUACAGGUCUACCUAAUUAAGUGCUCAGUGAGUAAACACAGUAAAACACAGCGCUUCACCGUGCAUACAGUAAACCUACUUUUAGACUUGUAGUGUUAUACUACUUUAUACUUCCAGAUUUUGAAGGGUUUUCCAAAUUAAAAACUUAAUUUGACAAUACUGGUAGGUGUAAUUUGGUUAUUGUUAUCAAGUUAUAAUUUUCUGGAUAGAUUUGUGUCCGAUUGUUAUGUUUGUAAUAAUGAUGGUGUCAGAAAUUAUUUUCCUUUGUUUUUUUGCUUUUUGUAUUUGUGUGUGCAUCAAAAGUUAUGUGUCUAAAAAUGUUUCUGUCUUUGUGUAAUUAAAUGCUGUUUCUAGAAUAAAUCGAAUAUACAUUUAAUAAA